AUGGCCACUGUGGUACCCCCCGAAAAUGCUACAAUCAUCCGCCCAGCUGCGUUUUAUAUCAGUGGAUUGUCCAACAUGCCACAUACAAAGUAUUACUAUAUGUUUUUGUGUUUUGUGUACGCUGUGAGUGUUCUAGGAAAUUCUUGUAUAAUAGGCACUAUAUACCUGGCACGAACUCUGCACACAGCAAAGUAUAUAGCUGUCUUCAACUUGGCCUUGUCUGAUCUGUGUGGAAGCUCUGCUCUUAUUCCAAAGUAUGCAGACAUGUUUCUGCUUGAGAACCAGUACAUAUCUUACAAAGACUGUCUGACAAGCAUGUUUUUUAUUUUUCUUUUCAUUACAAUGCAGUCUUAUACUCUGCUUGCUUUGGCCUUUGACAGAGUAAUUGCUAUAUGUUUUCCUCUGAGGUAUCAUGCUAUUGUCACUAAAUCCACAAUGACUCUAAUCAUUAGUGGUAUCUGGCUUGUCUCUAUAUUACUUGUUGCAAUCCGUGUAGCUCUGAUUACCAGACUGUCCUUCUGUAGCUCUACCACUGUUGGCAGUUAUUUCUGUGAUCACGGCCCCAUCUACAGACUAGCCUGUAAUGAUAAUACCCCUAAUUUCAUGAUGGCCUAUGCCAAUAUUGCUGUUAUGCUUUGCCUUCCAUUGUUACUCAUAGCUCUCUCAUAUAUUUGUAUUGGUGUUGCAUUGCUCAAGAUCUCACAUGGUGCUGAUCGAAUGAAGGCUAUGAAAACUUGUACUUCCCAUCUCAUGUUAGUGGCCAUUUUUUAUCUGCCAAUUCUUGGCGUUUAUAGUACAGCUCUUAUGACAUUCCUACAUCCAAACACUAGAAUAAUUAACUCAGUCUUAGCACAAGCAAUUCCACCUAUGUUAAACCCCAUUAUAUAUACUCUGAAGACAGAGGAAGUAUUGCAGUCUAUUAAAGUACUCUACAAACGAGUCAAGGUGAACUUUGCAAUGAAAAAUACCAUGAAAAUCUUUAAGCAUGAUCCUGCUGAUAAUGCUCUUUCUCUGCUCGGAAGGUGCCUCAUGGAUCGAGUGUACGCUCUGGCCUCCUCACUCAUCCCCCACCGGUCCGACUACGUCUUUAUGGCACAGACCGUGCGACAGCCCGUCUACGUGUCAUUGGAACCAUCUUAUGAUGAUGCUGUUUCUGUUUCUGUAGUGUUCGGGCCACGGAAUGGGGAUGACCAGGAUGACCACUCCUCCCACCACCGGGUCUAUGAACAGGGGCUGAACCUGAGCUGCCAAGAUGCUGGACCGACGAAGGUUCCCCAUUCUUGUCCUUCAGACAGGCAAGCAGUGAACAAGUGA